AUGGACCGCCCCAUGGGUCCCCGCAGGCCCGACAAGCGCAAUGCCGCAUACGAGUCCAUCUUCGGACGCCCGAGCACACAACAUCACCAACUCACUCCCGGUCCUCCCCCGCCCGCCCAGUUCCAGCAGCAGUUCCCCCAGCAGCAGCCCAGCAGCCAGCCGUAUCCAUAUUAUCCGCAGUAUUCCUCCCAGCUCGACCGCAGGACGUCGACAGCCUCCUUUCGACCCUACCAGCAGCAGCAGGUGCCUCCGAACACGUUCAGGCAGUCCUAUUACCCAAAUUCAUCCCCUUCGCCCCCCAACCCCGUUUCUCAACAGCAGGGCUAUCAACCCCCAGCUUACUCCCAGCAUCAAUACGGCUACGCGGGCUCGCUCGCCCCGCCAUCCAUCGCAAGCCGGGCUCGUUCUAUCGGAAGUGCUCCAGGCGUGAUUGCACCACUCCCGGAGGAGCCUCCAGACCCCGCUCUCGAGGCCCUCACACGCUCUGGCCUCACCCCCGCACAAGCGUAUCAGGCGCAGGUGUACAUGAAUAACGGCCCCAUGGGGCAACAGCAGAGCUGGCUACAGCAACAACAACACCCGCCGCCGCCGCAACACAAUCAGCCCCAACCCCCUUCCCCGUCUCCCGCUCGGUCGGCACCGACCCCUGCCUCUCCCUCGCGCCCGGACGGUCCUCGUGGCCCUCGGCCACAGUCUGUGCAGACGAUGCCUCCAGCCUUGGACAAGUUUCCGGAACUCCGGAUCAACAUCGAAGCGGACGAUGGGAGGCUGGGACUCGAUUUCAUUAACGAGACGAGCUUUGGCAACGGUGACGCCUAUGGAAGCAAAGGCGGGCCGGAGGCGACGCCCCCGAGCGACCCGACCACGGAGGACGAUUCCAGUGAGCUCCCGUACUCGAAGCCGUACCACACUUCCACCCCCAAUAGUGUGCGAUCGCGCGUGUCGGUCGCGUCUGGCGUAGGAGGGAGCGUAGAUCUCAACUCAAGCGUCGGUCAUAGCCACCAAUCCUCGUCUCGCCCCUAUCCUCUUCAACUUGACACUGCCAUCGCCUCUGCACAGGCAGCAGGGGUCAGCAUCUCUCCCGCAUCUUCCACACUCGUUGACGAGCCCACGCAGAUGGUCCAUGUCGGUCCUGCACACGCUGGUCCUUCUGGGCGUAGGUCCUCGGAGUCUGCGCGGACCCUUCCGGGACAGUUCCAGUUCCAACGUAAUCGCAGCAUCACCGACCGCUCGCACUCCAUGUCUGCUGCGAUGACACCACAUAUCCGGGCUAUGAUCGAAGCGGGCCGGACAGGGCGGCCGCCUGUCCCGUCGUCCGUAGGCCCCGGGCGCGACUCGCCACAUCCACGUCCCCGGAGGACGCCCAUUGUCUACCCCGCGCUUCUGUCGCGCGUCGCGGAAGCGUUCAAGGAGCGAAUACAGCUUUCCGAUAGACUGAAGGACGGGUUGACGUACAAGGACGCGUUCGACGGUCGCGAAGCUGUCGACACCAUCGCGUAUAUUAUCAAGACCACGGAUCGUAAUCUCGCGCUUCUGCUGGGACGUGCGCUGGACGCGCAGAAGUUCUUUCACGCGGUUACGUACGAUCACCGAUUGCGCGACAGCUCUCACGACCUCUACCAGUUCCGCACAAAGCUCCCAAGUCCGUUCGUCAGUGGGGAGCUCGCUAAUAUCCACAACGCCCCGCAUGAGCACGGAGAAAUUCUCAAGGCCCUCGAGACGCCUCAACCUCUCAUCGGCGGGGCCGAACCCAGCGACGGAAACAAGGACAAGGAGAGCCCGUCCCCAUCUGCGGAGGACGACUCGGAGAAGAAGGACGGCUCGCGUCCGGGGUCACCCACGCCGUCGGUUACACCGGCGUCGCCGACUGCUGGGCGGCCGCGUGCAGGCUCGAUUGCGUCGGACGACGUGCCGCUGCCAACAGGGGUGUUCACGCUGCUGACGGAUUGCUACUCGCCGACGUGUACGCGGGACCAGCUGUGCUACUCAAUCGCGUGCCCGCGGAGAUUGGAGCAGCAGGCGCGGUUGAACAUGAAGCCGCAGAGGGAGCUCAAGAAGCAGAUCAGCAAGGAGAGCUUGGGCGAACUUGUGGAGGCAGGCACGCUGUGGAUCCACACGGUCCCUGCGGAGGUCGUUGCGAGCGUGUCGGACGCGGAAAAGAAGCGACAAGAGGCGAUCAACGAGGUCAUCUAUACCGAGCGCGACUUUGUGCGCGACAUGGAGUACCUUCGAGACCUUUGGAUGAAACCGCUCAAGGAAUCAGAUAUCAUCCCAGAGCCCCGACGACAGGAUUUCAUCGAGCAAGUGUUCUGGAACAUACACGACAUCAUUGCCGUCAACACGCGCUUGCGGGAUGCCCUCAACAAGCGACAGAAGUCGUAUGCUGUCGUCGAGCAGAUCGGUGACGUUUUGCUCGAGGCAGUGCCGCAUUUCCAUCCGUUCGUGUCGUAUGGUGCCCAUCAGCUGUACGGCAAGUACGAGUUUGAGAAGGAAAAGAGCUCCAAUCCUGCCUUUGCGCGCUUCGUGGAGGCGACGGAACGUCGGCCGGAGUCAAGAAAGCUGGAACUGAACGGCUACUUGACGAAGCCCACGACGCGUCUGGCGAGGUAUCCGCUCUUGCUCGAGGCCGUGCUCAAGCACACGCCCGAGGACAACCCUGACAAGACCGCGCUGCCGAAGGCCAUUGAGAUCGUCCGCGAGUUCUUGAAAGCCGUCAACGCCGAGACAGGCAAGGCGGAGAACAGGUUCAACCUCCUACAGCUCGAUCAGCAGCUUGUGUUCCGUCCCGGUGAACAAGUGGACCUACGACUGAAAGAGGAGGGUCGCGAGCUGAUCUACAAGGGCGCGCUGAAGAAGCGUGGCAACGCCCAGGGCGACAGCGGAGACCUCAUGGUGUUCUUGUUCGAUCACGCUCUCCUCAUGGUCAAGCCGAAGAGCAAAGUGGAGCAGUACAAGGUGUACCGACGGCCCAUACCGCUCGAGCUCCUGCUUGUAUCAGCACCUGAUGACUACGCAGUGGCGAAGCCAAUGAACGCCCGCCAAAAGCAGCUGAUCAAGAACUCACCACAUGCGCCCGUCGUACCGGUGAAGGACGCGAAGGGCGGCUUCUCCAUAACGUUCGUGCAUCUCGGUCGCAAGUACUACCAGAUCACGUUGUGGGCAAGCACGUAUGUCAGCCAGCGGAAAUGGGUUGAGCACAUCCAGAAGCAGCAGGACGCCAUGCGCGAGCGCAGCAACGUGUUCGAGACGGUGACUAUCAACGAAGGCUUCUUCGUUGGUGUGAACCGGGUCAACUGCGCCGCUCCUUUCUAUCAAGGGAGAAAAGCCGUAUACGGUACCGAUGAUGGAGUCUACCUGUCGAAUCUAAUGGAGCGCAAUCGAGAACCUGUGAAGGUCCUUGCACUGAAGGACGUAGCUCAGCUCGACGUGCUGGAGGAGUAUCAGCUCUUGAUUGUGUUGUCAGAACGACAAGUCAUCACGUUUCCGCUCGACGCCCUCGACCCGAUGGAUCCCUUGGCUGGUCUAAAGCGUGCGAAGAGGAUAGCGUCGCACAUAUCCUUCUUCAAAGCAGGUGUCUGUUUAGGGAAGACCCUCGUUUGCGUCGUCAAGUCCAGUCCUCUAUCCAGUACCAUCAAGACGCUAGAGCCAAUCGACCAGCAAGUCCGCGGCAGGGCGAAACCGACAUUCAAGAAACUGCUGCAGGGCGGCAACGACACCCUUCGCGUAUUCAAGGAGUUCUACAUCCCGCUACAAUCGAGCUCAAUACACUUCUUGAAGACUAAGUUAUGUGUCGGAUGUACGAACGGCUUCGAGAUCGUCGACCUCGAGACCUUGGAUACUCAAGGUCUACUUGACCCGGCUGACGCUUCCCUGGAGUUCGUCCACAAGAGGGAGAACCUCAAACCACUCGCUAUCUAUCGAAUAGACAACGAGUUCCUUCUCUGCUAUGAUGAAUUUGCCUUUUAUGUCAACAAGACCGGUUGGCGCUCAAGAAAGGACUUCAUGGUCUAUUGGGAGGGGUCACCGACGGGCUUCGCUUUGCACUAUCCCUACGUGCUCGCUUUCGAACCGACCUUCGUCGAGAUCCGGCAUGUGGAGACAGGGUCUAUGUCGCAAAUCAUCCAGGGCAACAACCUCCGCUGCCUGUUCGCAGACACCCCGCCGUCCACGACGAACUCCUCGAGCAACUAUUACAGCCCCUACCAGGUGCAGCAGCUGGGAUACGGAGGCUACAAUCCCUAUGCACAGGACUCCCGUACCUCCAUGAGCUCGAAUGGUUAUGGGUCACCAGGGCAGUACCCCAACCCCUAUAUGCCUCGGCCUCCCCUUGGCGACGGGCGAGACGAGAUCCUCAUGGUCUCCGACGACCGUGUCAUGCGACUGCAGAUGACGCAGACGGCGCGGGCAGCGUUGCACCUGAUGUAGCAAUGGCCCGUCUGGCAGAUGCGCAUUGUGUUUUCAAUUCCGAGACGGCAUCCCACGUUCACGACGUCAUGACAACCUGUUGUAUAGUGCUUCCCUCCCCUCACCUCAUCUAACAGUCUCAUUUCACCUUGCUGUUGAUCGCCAACCCGCACGCACGAUGCCCGCAUGUCCCCGCCCACCUGCUUUCCGCGCAUCGGCCCCGUCUGCCGUCCUUAGUCUCCUUGCCUUCGUUUUCCGUGGUACCCCUCUACCUUUCAUCCUUUAUCCCUCCGAGUGGUGCGCUGCCAUCGUCCCCCCCAGUCUUGAAGCCUCAAGUGUGAUGUUGAUGUUUUGUCCCCUCAUCCUUUCUCAGCUCUACGUGCAUAGCAUAUAUAUCCUAACUGCAUUUGUAUCCCCGAGACUCCCAUUGUCAUAAUAAGCUUAGCUAACGUAUACACUCGAGCAUAGAAGCCAAGCUUUAUC